CGAUGAUGUCAGCGAUCUCGGAGGAGAUCGAUCUGCGUGUCACGUCGCCGAAGAACAGCCACAGCAGCAAGCAGGCAGGAGCACUACACAGCCAUGGCAGCAACGGGCACGGCAACACAGUCGCGGAAGGCAGACAACAAUGACUUUGUCCCUCAAGCGGCCCGAGAGUCGAUGGGCAGCAACUAUGACAUCGAAAAGCUGAUAGAAGAGCGACUGAUGACUUCCAACAGUCGCUUUACACGCGCCUGCGCCUUCGACAAGCAGGACGGCCAGCUCGUUGCAAACACAAAGCCCGGCUUCAGUACCACAGACGCAGAGCUCGCUCAGAGCUUGAUCGACAUCGUGCUCGCCAACAAGCUAGAGGUCGAGAGGUCGGGUCAGAGUGCCUCGUCCAAGGGGAGCUUCUCUAUCGAUGGUACCAAGUUCACUGUCGAGGAUGCCGACCUCGAUCAAUCUUAUGCCACUGCCACUGGCGAGGGCGCCAUCAUACUUCUCCUGAGUGCGACCUACCUCAUCGUCGCCCAGGCCAAGCCCAACGUGAGCAAGGACAUUGCGCUCACCGACACGCAGACGUUCGGACGAGGCCUGGUCGACUUGUCUCAAUGAUGCUCAAGCGUACUCUAGUGCGUACCCUGCCGAAGCCGAAAAAAAAGAGCAUGCAUUGCAGCGUAGCAAUGUAACAUCAUCGUAUUCGACGGCUAACAAAGAUACUUCAUCUACUUCUGGAUCUCCUGAAGGCUUGGCAUGAUCCCGCUCGAUGCUUGUCCGCUCACACGAGCAAGGAGCCCCACGUGGCCUUUGAGUAACAAUCGAGCGUAGC